CUACAACAUAAUAUUUGUUUAAAGUAAUUGGGUGGAUACUUUUGUGUGAAUCAAACAUAUUUGAUCAUGUAUAAAUUGAGAUUUUGGAACAUCAAGAGACUCUUUGCUUUGCUAAUGUGUGCUUACAGUGUGAUAGGACAAAGAAAUGGCAACAAUAAAACUUUUGCCAGUGCCACUCUUGACCUUACCUGUCAAACUACACCAGACACAUGCAGGGAUGUGGUCAGUUCUCUGCCUAGACCAGUGGUUAUCCUGUCAAGUGGACUUGAGGUGAUGUGUGACACGCAGACAGACGGGGGAGGAUGGACGGUGAUACAGAGAAGAUUCAACGGACAAACAGAUUUCUAUCGGGGGUGGGAGGAGUACAAGUAUGGGUUUGGAGAUGUGGAUGUCGGAGAAUUUUGGCUGGGCAACGAGAACAUUCACCGUCUGACGUCACAAAGACGAUACGAGCUGAGGGUCGAUUUUAAAUUUAACAACACGGACUAUUUCGCUAAAUAUUCAAGGUUUCGGGUGUACGGAGAGGUGGAGGGAUACAGGUUAAAGGUCAGCGGUUACUCAGGCAACGCUGGGGAUUCCUUUGCUUGGGCACACAACAAUCAGAAGUUCAGCACAUUCGAUAAAGACAACGACGCUGGUACUGGAAACUGCGCAGAAAUCUACCAUAGCGCUUGGUGGUUCAUUUAUUGUCUUGUUGCAAAUCUGAAUGGAGUUUGGGGAAGUACUGAACAGGCCAAAGGUUUAAUCUGGUGGCACACGACUAAAGAUUUUGCAUCAGCAACCUUCACUGAAAUGAAGAUAAGACCAAUUUAGACAUAUAUUAGGAAAAUAAAUAAAUUUCAGUCAGAUCUAUUAAGAAAAUAAAUAAAUUUCAUUCAGAUCCAUA